CAUUUAGCGGCUUCAUUUUCACUGGUUUCGCGCUUUCAAUCUGUAAAAAUAUAGACUUUGAUUCUACUUUAAAACCAUUUCUGUUCCUCUACAAUAAUAAUAACACAUUUUAAAGGUGCUUUGUCAGGUGAUAUGAUAAGAAGUCUAAUUGAAAUCAAGCAAUGAAACCACAUUUUUAAGAAGGACACGACGGCAUCAAUCGCACAUUAAAAGCUAGUCUGAAAAGGUUGGUGUUUGGCCAGUGUUUUGAAUGUGUGGGGGGGUCAGAACAGUCUCUGAUUUGGAGAGUGCUCUGUCACCAUAAACACUUACAAACGUUCCCUUCCCGCGGCUUCAACUCCCACUUUCUUCCAGAAAACUGCUGGUGGUCUAUUCCUCAUGAUCUGUUUCCUCAGCGUUAUUUCUUGACCUUUAUACACAAUCGGUUUCCUGGUUUUUCAAAUCGCACCAUCUCUCUAGACACAUCAUGGCUGAAAUGCAGGCUACGAUUUAUCUGAAUAUUAUCAGUGAGAUGAACUCAGUGCUCCCCGGAUUUGGCCACGCUGACCCAGCAGCUAUCAGGAGGAUAAUUGAUGGCGACACACAAACACAGAAACCGGGUGAUUUUAAACCUCUUGUAAAUAAGCUUUUAGCCGAGCUUUGGACCUCAAACUUAAUCAUGUUGAUUCAGUUCCAAAAUGUUACAAAUCUUGGGCGUGGAACUAAGUCAGUGUGACCUUGUGUCUCAUGGCCUUGAGAUUCAAAACCAAAACAAUAAAACUGAAGGUGCAAUUGGCAGGGUGGAAUGUUACUUAGAACAAAUUACUGUACAUGAGCACACAUUUAAGGUACUUUACUUGGGUAUUUCCAUAUUAUGCUACUUUAUACUUCUAUUCCACUACAUCUCAGAUUCAUUAGGGUAUUAUUAUCAGUCCUGCAGAUUCAGAUUAUUAAAAAAAACUAUAAUAUCAAUUUAUAAAUGAUUAUAUAUUACUAUAGGUUAUACUACCCAGCAGUAAGCUUUAUACUGUCAGAUCUGCCUUCACUAUUCAAAAUGAAAGGGACAUUAAAACUGAAUGUAUCCGACAAUAUUUGAACACCCUUACUCUACUUUUAAGUACAUUUGAACCUCAUACUUUUGCACUUUAUGUAAGAUUUUCAAUGCAUGACAUAUUUUCACACUGUAGCAUUGAUACUUUUUCUUCAGCAAAAAGAUCUGAGAACUAUUUCCACGCGUGCAAUUGUUUAAAAAGUCCUAUUAAUAAUGCCAAUUAAGUGUGAAAAAUGGGGUUUGAAGCACAUUCCUGUUAAAGAUCCAGCCCAAAAAGUAAUGAAAAACGUUUUUUAAAUGGCUAAUAAUGCGCCGUUGUCCAUCAAAGAAAAGAAAAAGCGUGGAAAAUUCCUAAUAAACAUGUACCGUGCCGCGCCAUUAAGAGCGACUGAUGACCAUUGGACCCUGAGAGUGAGGCGAUAAACACCUGCUCAGUUUCAGGGGUGUAAAAUACAAGAGAGAGAGUGUGUGAGGGGAGGGGGGAGGAGAGAAAGCCAGUCAUAUAAAUCAUUAUACAUAUCUGUGGAGCUGAACACAUCUCCCACUGACACACGCUCACACACACACUCAUUGACUUUCAAUCACACCUAAAUCCUUUUUAUCACCACAUUCUUUUUGAUUUCCAAAAUCUGGAUUUACUUUUUGUUUGACUUCUGGGCCAAAGAGGGGGUCAUGGAUCCAAUUGUGGAAGUAGUGGCGUUGAUUUUGGGGUUCCUUGGUUGGGUGAUGGUUGGGAUCACGCUGCCCAACCGGUACUGGAGGACCUCCACCGUCGACGGGAACGUCAUCACCACCUCCACCAUCUACGAGAACCUGUGGAUGUCAUGUGCCACGGAUUCAACCGGGGUCCAUAACUGCAGGGAGUUCCCCUCGCUGCUCGCUUUGAAUGGUUACAUCCAAGCGUCCCGUGCCUUGAUGAUCACAUCCAUAGUGUUCGGCACCUUCGGACUGUUGCUAGCCCUGAUAGGUGUGCAGUGUUCCAAAGCUGGGGGAGAAAACUAUGUUCUCAAAGGGAGGAUUGCUGGCACUGCUGGAGUCCUUUUCAUAGUUCAAGGUCUGUGCACGAUGAUCGCAGUGUCCUGGUACGCCUUCAACAUCACUCAGGAGUUCUAUAACCCUCUACAUGCCGGGACAAAGUAUGAGAUAGGAGAAGGACUUUACAUCGGAUGGUGCUCCGCCGUGCUCGCCAUUGCCGGGGGAGCCUGUCUCACCUGCUCCUGCCAAAUGGGCAAAGAGGACAAUUACCCGUUGCCUUAUCAAGCCAGGGGAACCGUAUAUUCUGGACCAGCACCAACCAGAAGCGUGGCUGCUAGUACUUACGGACGAAAUGCUUACGUUUGACCUAACCUUUGUCACCGAAACCCAAAAGAAAAUCUGACCUAAACUUUGUCAGUUUUUGUUGAUACAUCUAACAUGUCCUGGUGUUCAGCUUUAACGCCUCAGCUGGAUCUUUUUUGUAUGAAGGCUAAAGGCCCAUCACCACUGAACUGUAUAUACUCACAAUUUAAAGAGUGUGUUUUGUAAAGAAAAAAAUGAAUUCAUUGAAAUGAUUGCAUUUAAGUUGUAAAAAAGCUAAGCUUCUUAUCACUGCACAAUGAUUCUAUUUAUGUUUCCUUGAUGAUGUAAAUCCAAAUAUUUUUUACAAACAGUCGCUUAUUUUCAGAUCAAUUUACAAUCUGCAAACACAUUUCUAGACAUGUGUAAAGGGGAAGGUCAAGACUGUUAUAAUCCAGAUAUCUGUGUGUUAUUUUGUACAGUUUUAUAGAUAGUGCCUGUGAAAGAAGGUAGUGGAAAAGUUAUCUUUAUUUGUUUUGUUUUUUACUAUAGCGCCAAACAUUCCUGUUUUACUUUGUAUUCCUGUAGUCAAUAAAGUUUUGAUUGCAUCUUU